CUCCAGUCCGCUGGCGGCGCUAGUGAGCACUAACGCGCCUCAAUGAUGUCAGGCGCGGUGCAUUGUGGGAUUGUGCUAUGUGCUUAUGGAGGAUGCCAUUGUGUGCUACAGCAGAAUUACAGAGAAUUUAAAAAAAGAAUGUUCCUGACUCUGGCCCUGCUGCGGAAGGGAAUUCCAGGCCAGCAAUGGAUCGGGAAAUGGCGCAGGCCACGUCACGUUACCUGGCAGAUGAAGCGGAACACGGUGGAGCGACUGGAGCGUGAGGCUCAGAACGAGUACUGGCUGAGUCGACCUUACCUGAGCCACGAGCAGGAGAGAGGCCACGCCCACGCUCGCCGCACACACACCUGGGAGACCAUCCGCCAUGCCCGCCAGUCCACCUUCCCCCAACACACCUCCAUAACUGAACACCUGAAGCACCUCAACAUUACCCGCACCUGGAGCUAACACACCUUAGAGUGCUGUGUAAAUAAAUUACUGGCUCAUUGAAA